UUCAAAAUUUUAUCCUCAAUUAUGCUCCUAAAUAACGUCAAUUAUAAUUGUGCUCUUAAAAAUGUUUUUUAUGCUUAUGUUGUGCUUUGCAUUUGGAAAACUUGCUCUUUCACUUGAUAUUAAUAAAAAAUAUACUUAAUUUUCAGAAAUGAAUUAAUAAUUAGAAACUUUUUUGCACUUUAUUGUUGUAGUAUCCCUAAUUGUAGAUCUUGUAGAUAACACAUUGAAAUAUUAAAAAAAUGCACCUUGUAAAACUAAUUUUGCUGGUCCAACUUUUUUAAAAGAUAAUUGUAAUUUUUUUUGCUAAUGCUUGAAGAAUUGCAUAUUUUUUAGAAAUAAAAUAUUUAAAGAUAUGCAAGUACUUCGAGUUACCGAAUUAUGCUGCAUUUAUGCUCAAUAAUUAUAAAAUUAUGUUUUAAGUUAUACUGAAUUAUAUAUGUUCAGUCACAUUAUGAUGCUUUGCAACAAAAAAUUAUAAUGCUUUUGCAAAUUGCAAUUAUUGUUAAAAAAUACAUUUGAAUGUGAAUUUUAACACUAGACGACAUUUUUGAAUCUUAUGCUAUUUUAUGCUCAAGCACAAAGUUCUCAUCUCAAUUUAAUGAUUUGACAUGAUUGACAAUGAAUUUAAAAGAUUUGGAUAUGAAUAAAAGUAGUGAAAAAAUAAAUUGGAAUGAAGUUGUGAUCAGAGUGUCAGCUUGUAGCAUAAAAGCUAUUGUCCCCUUACGAUAAAGAUUCUUUUAUCUGUUCCUCUUCAUCUCUUCAUUCAUUCUGUUUGAUAACAUCUCUCUCUCUCUCUCUCUCCUUCUUCCUCACACCCUUGUUUAUUACAUUAAGUGUGUACAUUCAAACGCAUCCCCACUUAGUUUUAGAUGAGCGCGUACGAACGACGGCGCGUUUUGUAUGAACGUAUUACAUCUCGUGAACCGCCACAGCUGGAGGCCAGAGGUGGAAUCAGUCGUCGGUUCUCCACGUUCUCGAAGCGACGUUUCCUCUCAGUUCGCUCCCUUUAAUCGGUUAUUUUCAAGGCCUUUGACCCAUAUCUGUUCCAAUCGUUCGGUUUGCUUACUUUUUACCAUUCAUCAGUGUCUCGGUUUACAACGGGUUGUCUUCUACUAUACUCUUCGCUUCUUUUUAAACAUGAUAAUUCCAUUGGACUGCUGUAGAUUUCUUUAUCUACAUAAACUCUCUUCUUUAUUAAUUCUUGCAAAAUACAAAUCGCAAUAUAUUGUUUGAUAUUUCGGACAAAAUUCGAAACAAAAUCUAGGCGAAUUUUUAGCUUCAAUCAAAUUUUUUUGUUGCUUUUUUAUAGUGCGCUUUCUUCAGUUUUCUUCAGUAAGAACUUAUAAAGAAUCAGCUGCAACAAGUAACGGAAAAUGAAACAAAUGAAAAGGGGGCUUCAUCAUUUUAUGAAGACUGUCGAGAGCAAAAUGAGUGUAAUGAAGAAAAUAUUCUUUUAGUGAAGAUAACAUUCUUUCUUCUUUAUGUGUUAUGACUUUGUGGGUGUUUUUUGAAAAAUUCAUUAGUUUAUACUUUCGAAAUGAAGUUAUUUUUAGUUUUUUCAUUCUUUUGUUUAGUGUUGACAUUAAUUCACUGUAGAAUUCUUCAAAAUGAUCAGAAUUAUUCAAAGAAUCAUCAUCAUCACAGGCAGAAGUUUACAAUCGAACAGUUGCUUAACACAAAAUUUCCCAAAUUGAUAUCGAAUGACAUCGACAUCGAUAUCUGCAAGUCGGGAGGCUUUUUGGGCGACAUUGCGCUGCCGAACAUCAAGUAUGAAACAGAAUGGCGACAGCAAUAUGACAAUAAGGAUUAUGCUGCCGAGUUGGAGAAGUAUAGAGAUGAGAUGUUAAAUGAAGGUCUACAAAUUGAAGAAGAGGGUUUGACUAAAGUGUUGCAAAUAAAGAAUGAUUCCAAUAUCGAGCACAAUGAAGAGAAAGCAGUUGUGUUCCCCAUUGAAAAAUUAGAGCCAAUAAUAACUGAUCAAACUCAAUACAUCAUUAACGAUAGUAUGUUUUUUAAUCCAAGCAGUGAAUAUAAUAUCCCCGAAAUAAAAGAUGACGGAAUUGAAAUUAGAUUGGAAGAUGCAGUUCUGACUUCUAAAGGAAAGCAUUCAGUAGAUAAGAAAAAGCCUAAAUUAACUGCCAAAGAAACACUCUCUCAAGACUUUACUAGAGAUAAUAUCAAAGACAAACUGCCAGCGAGAACUACUUAUACAGGAAUCUCAACUAUAGAUAAUUAUACUGUUAAUACUAAUUCUUAUGUUUUAAGGCAAGAAGCAGAUGCACUUACUUCAGUAAAUGGCAAUUCUCAAAACAAGAAACGUAGAAGACGACAUCAUCGAAAAAAAAUUCAUAGACACAAAAAUCAACGUCCCUUGCAACCGAAAUUUGAUAAUAUGAUGCAUCGAUCGAUUUUUUCUACAAAUUCUGCAGAAUCUUCAAAUGAAGCACUUUCCCUUCACGAUAGACGUUUGCGAUCAGUUGAAUUCAAUGAUCAACAGAAACCAAAGUAUUUAGAAAAAUCGCAGAAAGCAGGGUAUUAUAUUGAAUUCUCUAGAAGACGACGAGCAGCAACUGCACGCAAAGAACGUGUUUGGGAUCACGGUGUUAUUCCCUAUGAGAUUGAUGGAAAUUUCUCUGGAGCUCAUAAAGCUCUUUUUAAGCAAGCAAUGAGACAUUGGGAGAACUUUACUUGUGUUAAAUUUGUCGAGAGAAUUCCAAGAGAACAUCCUAACUACAUUGUGUUCACAGAAAGAUCUUGUGGAUGCUGUUCGUUUGUCGGUAAAAGAGGAAAUGGACCACAAGCAAUCAGUAUUGGAAAAAAUUGUGAUAAGUUUGGAAUAGUUGUCCAUGAAUUGGGUCAUGUGGUCGGUUUUUGGCAUGAACACACGAGGCCCGAUAGAGACCGUCACGUACAGAUAAUUAGAGAUAACAUAAUGAGCGGUCAAGACUACAACUUCAAUAAGUUAACUGAAGAGGAAGUGAAUUCACUUGGAUUACCAUAUGACUAUGACUCCAUAAUGCAUUACGCUAAAAAUACAUUCUCUAAAGGAACCUAUUUGGAUACAAUUCUCCCUAUGGAAAUGUAUGGUAAAAAACGACCAGAAAUCGGACAAAGAAUUCGACUCAGUGAAGGAGAUAUUGCUCAAACUAAUCUUUUAUAUAAAUGUUACAAGUGUGGAAAAACCUUCCAAGAAAACAGCGGAAGCUUUGGUUCGCCAAAUCAUCCAAACAGUUCUCCAACGCUUGAUGGUGAGCGGUGCGAAUGGCGAAUAACAGCAACACAUGGAGAACGUAUAGUUCUCAAUAUUUCUUCAUUGGACAUUUUUAAAAGUGAUUACUGCCGUUCUGAUUAUUUAGAAAUUCGAGAUGGUUAUUGGCACAAGAGUCCAGUAUUAGGACGAUUUUGCGGAACUGGAAACAUUCACGAAUCAAUCGUUUCAACUGGAAGUCGAAUGUUGGUAACAUACAUAACGUCGAGUCGUCAAACUGGACAUCGAGGAUUUACUGCGAACUACGAGGCAGUAUGUGGAGGAGAUGUAGACUUGGAGGGUGUAGGUCAUUUAGAGUCACCAAACUAUCCUGAAGAAUACCAAUCAAGUAAAGAAUGUGUUUGGCGAUUAUCAGUUCCUCAAGACUAUCAAGUUGCUCUAAAAUUCCAAUCAUUCGAGAUAGAAAAUCAUGAUAAUUGCGUUUACGACUUUGUUGAGAUUCGCGAUGGACAUGACGCAGAUUCUCCUCUUAUUGGAGUUUAUUGUGGUUAUAAAAUACCACCGGAUAUUCGUUCAACUGGAAGUAAGCUUCUGGUAAAGUUUAUCAGCGACAGUUCUGUGCAAAAAGCUGGAUUUUCAGCAAUAUUUAUGAAAGAAUUUGAUGAAUGUGCACUAACCGAACACGGUUGCGAACAUGAUUGCAUAAACACUUUAGGGGGAUAUGAAUGCUCCUGUAAGGUUGGUUUCGAACUCCACUCUGAUGGGAAAAAUUGCGAAGAUGCUUGUGGAGGUGUCUUCGAUACUAAGAAUGGCACUAUAAUUAGUCCGUCUUUUCCGGAAUCAUAUCCUGGAAAUAAGCACUGCGUGUGGGAAAUUAUUGCACCACCUCAGUAUAAAAUAACACUAAACUUUACUCACUUUGACUUGGAAGGUAAUAAUGUAUAUCAACAAGAGUGUGAAUAUGAUUGGGUAGAGGUAUCCAGCAAACUUGGAGACGAUAUACUGAGAAAACAUGGUACAUACUGUGGGUCUAGAUUACCGCCAUUAUUGACAUCGGAAGGCAAUGCUUUUAAAGUUGUCUUCUCUUCUGACAACAACUUGCAAAAGUCUGGAUUUGCCGCUGCAUUUUUUACAGAUAUGGAUGAAUGUGCUAAUAACAAUGGCGGAUGUCAGCAUGAAUGUAAAAAUACAAUAGGCUCUUACCAGUGUUCUUGCCAUAAUGGUUUUACUCUUCAUGACAAUGGUCACGAUUGUAAAGAAGGUGGUUGCAAAUAUGAAAUAACCGCUUCUGCAGGCACUAUAACUUCACCAAAUUAUCCUGAUUACUAUCCUGGUCGUAAAGAUUGUGUGUGGCAUUUUACAACGACUCCUGGUCAUCGAAUUAAACUGAUUUUUAAGGUAUUUGAAAUGGAGCCACAUCAAGAGUGUGCUUAUGACCAUGUAGUAAUAUAUGACGGCGAUUCUCCAGACAGUCAUACACUAGGUCGUUUCUGUGGUAAUAAAGAACCUUAUCCUAUUGUAGCUACUGGAAAUCAAAUGUACAUGAUAUUCAAAAGCGAUUCUUCAGUUCAAAGAAAGGGAUUUUUGGCAACACAUAUGACUGCCUGUGGUGGUCAUCUGGUUGCAACAGAACAAGUAAACUAUUUAUAUUCCCAUGCAAAGUAUGGCACACAUAAUUAUGAUCCAAAAACUGACUGUGACUGGGUUAUUGAGGCACCAGUCGGCAAAAAUGUCCAUCUCGUAUUUAUAUCUUUCAACUUGGAGGAUGAGCUAGAAUGCAGUUAUGAUUUUGUCGAGGUUCAUUCAGGUUUAGAUUCUUCGAGUCCAAGUUUCGGUCGUUUAUGCGGCAACACAAAUACAUCCGACAUUAUAUCAAUGAACGAAGCACUGCUAGUAAGAUUCAGAACAGAUGAUACUAUAGCAAACAAAGGCUUUGCCGCAACAUUUAUAGCGAUUGAUAGACAAGAUAGUGAAGAAGUUCUCGGCGGAAAAGAAGAUGAGGAAAAUCAAAAUCUCUGAUCUUAAUAGAAAAAUUGUAUUGUUACCUUAAAUUAAUAAUCAAGGAAAGAGAUUUUAAUAUUGUAAUUGUCUAAAUAUUAAUCUACUUUACAAACAUAUUUUGAACAGUGGGCCAAGAAGAAAUUUCUAAUAAACCACAGAGGAAUAAUUUUGUAUUUUAUCUAUAUUCAACGAAACCAAAAAUCGUCAACUUCAGUUUGUAAAAGGCUUACUCCAAAAUAAAUACAAAAUAAUUUUUAUUGUACCAACAGUUAAAUAAAAAAUAUCUUGUACAUAUCUCUAAUAACAAGCUUUACGAAAUUGGAAAUUUUGAAAUAUUUACAUUGCAACAAAUCUCUUACUUGUGAAAAUUAGAUAAUUAAUUAAAUGAAUGAAAUGCAAGACAUUACUUAAAUUUACGAUAGUAGAUGAUAAAUAUUUUAAAUUGUAUUACAAUUUUAAAUAGUAAAUAAUAUUUUAUAGGGAAAAUAUAAUGGAAUUAUCCUAACAGCAUAAAA